GUUGUCGUGUAGACAUUCGACCUGGCAAGUGUGGUUUCGGAGGGGACCGGGGGUAUUUUGCUUAAAAGCAACCAGACUCUCGUUGUUCGCCGUUAUUGUCACCGUUGUCAUUGUAUUUAUUGUAGAGAUUAACGUUCCUGACUAGCUAGCUCAGGGCCUGUUGGAUCAAACCACUGCUGACUGUCCUGAUGGCGGCUGUAAGGAGUAUGAACAAAAUAUAUGGACUGUGUUUCCAUGCUGUCCGUCAGACGGCAGGGCUGAAGGCACCGAGGCUGCUUCAACACAGAGCCUUUAGAGUCGGGUCUGUGCAUCAGCAGCAGCCGUUUGACUCAUCACUGGACAAGCCACAGUUCCCUGGGGCUUCAGCUGAAUUUGUGGAUCACCUUGAGUUCAUCCAGCCCAAUGUUAUCUCUGGGAUCCCCGUGUACAGAGUGAUGGACAGGCAGGGAAACAUCAUUGACCCUUCUCAAGACCCUCAGCUUUCCAAAGAGACAGUUUUGAACUUUUAUCAGAAGAUGACGCUGCUGAACACAAUGGACCGGAUCCUCUAUGAGUCUCAAAGACAGGGUCGGAUCUCUUUCUACAUGACCAACUAUGGUGAGGAGGGGACACACAUUGGUAGUGCUGCAGCUCUCGACCCAAAUGACCUUGUCUUUGGUCAAUACAGAGAAGCUGGAGUUUUGAUGUACCGGGGUUUUCCUCUGGAUUUAUUCAUGGCUCAGUGCUAUGCUAACGCAGAUGAUCUCGGCAAAGGCAGACAGAUGCCUGUCCAUUAUGGCUCCAAAGACCUGAACUUUGUCACCAUCUCCUCUCCUCUGGCCACUCAGAUCCCUCAGGCGGCUGGAGCUGCAUAUGCUAUCAAGAGAGAAAACACAAAUCGAGCUGUAAUCUGUUAUUUUGGAGAGGGUGCCGCCAGUGAAGGAGACGCACAUGCUGGCUUCAACUUCUCUGCCACCCUCGAGUGCCCACUGAUAUUCUUCUGCCGCAACAACGGCUACGCCAUCUCCACCCCCACCAAUGAGCAGUACAGGGGAGAUGGGAUUGCUGCACGAGGUCCUGGUUAUGGCAUGCUGUCCAUCCGCGUUGAUGGUAAUGAUGUGUUCGCUGUGUACAAUGCGACAAAAGAGGCGCGCCGCAGGGCUGUGGCCGAGAACCAGCCAUUCCUCAUCGAAGCAAUGACUUACAGAAUCGGUCACCACAGCACCAGUGAUGACAGCUCAGCCUAUCGCUCAGUGGACGAGGUGAACUACUGGGACAAACAGGACCACCCCAUCUCCCGGCUGAGACACUAUAUGGUGGCCCGUGGCUGGUGGAGCGAGGACGACGAGAGGAACUGGCGCAAGCAAUCCCGCAAGACGGUGAUGGAGGCUUUCGAGAGGGCUGAGAAACGCCAGAAGCCCAAUCCUGAACUGCUGUUUACUGAUGUGUACCAGGAGAUGACGCCCGCUCUGAACAAGCAGAGGGAGUCCCUUUGGAAGCAUGUGCAGCAGUACAAAGAGCACUACCCCCUCGACCUCUUUGAUAAGUACCAGCAAGUGUAACGGUAUGGAGGAAACGUUGAUGUGGUGAACAAACAUGGGAGGAUUGAGACUGGGUUGAACCUGCUGCACACUUUUAAGUAGUCAUUAAAUCAUAGUUUUGAUAUGACGUGUGAUCUCCUCCUUCACAACAGAGGGAGAGAGAGGAUUGUGCUAUCAGAAAUAUCUACGACAUGCCUCUGGGUUUGGUGCCUUAAGUUAAUCGAGUCACUAAGUUAUAAACUUCUCUUUAAGUGCUCAAUCACAUUUACCUUUUAGAGUUUUUUGAAUGUCACAGAAGACCUUUUUCAAGUGCAGCAAGAACAUAGCUGCUGUAUUUGGCAUUAUGCAUUUAAUAGAAACAACCUGAGCAAUAAAACAGUAGAAUUUAACCCCUUAGGUGUAUAUUCCCUUUCCUGUAACUGUCUCUGUCACGAUUGUGGUCUUCUACUGGUGUCUUUGAGUAGCACUGAGGCGAUUUAUUCAACCUGUGUUUUCCUGUAUUCUUGGGCUCUGGUGUACACACUCAGUUUAGAUGGGUUUGUAUGCUGUAAUGCUGUUACACACUACUAUACAUCACAAAACUGUAACUGUAACAAGUCUAGCUCAUGUUUUAUGUUUGAUGUUUUGUGGAAAAUAAAGUAUGUUGGUUUAAAUGUU